AUGAAGUCAACCUCACUCGCAGCGCUUUCGCUGCUGUCUACAUUGAGCUAUGCCUCACCUCUCCAAUCAGUCAAGCGUGAGCUUCUUGAAGAGCGACAAGCUCCAGGCCCCGGGAACUAUUUUGCCAUCACUGGCGCCACGGGCGGUGUCCAUCCCCGUCUCGAAUUGAGGGAUCUCGAAGCCACUGGGGACAUGUGGAAUCUCUUUCUUCUGGCCAUGACCGAUUUCCAGGCUAUGGAUCAGGAUGUGAUUAACUCUUGGUUCCAAAUCGCUGGUAUUCACGGGAUGCCAUGGACUUCUUGGGACGGUGUAGAAGGCAACUUCACUGGCCGACAGGAUCAUCAAAUGGGCUACUGUCCGCAUACCAAUCAACUAUUCGGGACCUGGCAUCGUCCUUACCUGGCUCUCUUUGAGCAACAACUCCAAACCGUAGCCAACGGUAUAGCAGCCCAAUUUCCUGCAUCGUCCCGGUCAAGGUACCAAGACGCAGCAACUAAACUUCGCAUACCAUACUGGGACUGGGCAAAGAAUAUCCCCAGUUCUGAACCCGUCAUUCCAGUCUCCAUGACAGAAGAGAAGGUAUCAGUUACGUUCCCCAAUGGCACGGCUGCUCGGAUCGACAACCCCCUUUACGACUACAACUUCCAUCCCCUCGACAACCGCCAGAUCAACGGAACUGGCUGCAUAACGAGAGGAAAUCAAGGAGGAGUAGGAGGCGGGAUUCCUGAAGUCUGCGAUACCAUGAACCACACAGUCCGCAGAGACUACCCAGUCUCCGACCACGACUCCCUCAACGCACGCUUCCGCGCCAUCCUGCCAUCCCAACGCGACAGCCUCUUCCGAAUCCUCAGCCAGUGGGGAACCUUCGACCGAGUCAGCAGCGGCGGCGGCACCCAUUGCCCCUCGAGCGCCGGCGGCGGAGGCGACCUCGAAACGCUGCACAACCCAAUCCACGUCGCCAACUUCCCAGGCCACAUGUCGCCCCCCUCCGUCGCGGCCUUCGACCCCAUGUUCUGGCUCCACCACGCGACCGUCGACCGCCAGAUGGCGCUGUUCCAGGCGAUAUACCCAGACUCGUACGUCGAGCCUUGCGAGAGCCGCACGCCGACAUACACGAUCGAGCAAGGCGAACUUCUCACCGCUGACACACCACUCACGCCCUUCCACCGCAACGCAGACGGCGACUUCUGGACCUCAGCCCUCGUCCGCGACACCGCCGUCCUAGGCUACACGUACCCCGAACUCAUCGGCAGCCCCUCGAACGAAACGCUCAUUGCGAACGUGACGAGCCAAUACGGCGCCGCUACCUCCACCGCCGCUGUGACUUCCAACAAACGCCAGGCCACCGGCAACGAAACGACGACGACGACGCUGUACUUGGCAGACGUGUCGUUCCCCGUGUACGGACUCAGUGCCGAGGGCGGCAGCUCGCCGUACAAUGUGCUCGUUUUCCUCGGCGAUGUGGACGCUGAGCCUGCGGAGUGGUUGUUUUCGAAGUCGUUUGUGGGGUUGGUGUCGACGCUUGGUGGUGGGGAGCAUGCGAAGGAUGUGCAAGGUACCGCGCAGAUUGGGCUUAAGGGGGCGCUUGACAAGGCCAUUGCGGCGGGCGAGACGACGGAGGAGAAUGCGGAGGAGUAUUUGAAGAAGAAUGUUCAUUGGAGGGUUGGGUUGGGUGAUUUUGAGAUCGGGAGGGAUGAGGUGCCGGGGAUGGAGGUUAAGUUGGUGGGCACGCAGGUUGAGGUUGCGGAGAAGAAGGGGGAGUUUGAUCGCUGGGUCGGAGGGUUUACGGAGUAUGGUCUUGUUGAUGUUUAGAUCAGACUUCAGGGAGUUACCGUUCCAUGUACAUAUUGGAGACUUGGACGUUGGGUAGAUAGAUUAGUAGAUGGAAUCCCGCGAGGGCUUGUUUGUAAUGCUACAUUGCACUUCUAUGUACCUGUAUAUAACUGCAC